GGUAGAUUUUAAAAUCAGAAGUCAGUAGUAUUAGUAGUGGUGCUGUGUGGUUUGGUGAGAGAAACAGAGAGAUAGAGAGAGAGAGAGAGGAGUUAUGGUAAUGGAGACAGCCAUUUGUGGCCGAGUUGCUCUUUCUCCCCAUCAAAUCUUCCAACCAAAACCCGGAGAUACGAAACCUCGUCAAAAACAAUGGAGAAAUCGGAACACAUUAAUGGCAAUGCCUAUAGCAGGAGUAGGCAAAGGUGGUGUGUUGGAGAAGCCUGUUAUAGAGAAAACAACUCCUGGGCGUGAAUCUGAGUUUGACUUGAGAAAAUCAAGGAAGAUGUCCCCGCCCUAUCGUGUGAUGCUGCACAAUGACAACUACAACAAGAGGGAGUAUGUAGUUCAAGUACUCAUGAAGGUUAUACCAGGGAUGACGGUGGACAAUGCUGUUAAUAUCAUGCAAGAGGCACAUUACAAUGGUCUUGCGGUGGUAAUAAUCUGUGCUCAAGCUGAUGCAGAAGAGCAUUGCACGCAGCUAAGAGGCAAUGGUCUGCUAAGCUCCAUCGAGCCUGCCAGUGGAGGUUGUUGAAAAAAAUGAACCUGAUCGGUGGAGGCUACACUUUGCAUAGAUAUUGUACAUAAAUGUUGAGAAUGGAAUAGUAAGUACCUCAUUACCUCUAGAUCAUAUUACCCGUAAACAAUGUCAGCACCGCAGAUCAAUGAGUUUGUAUACUGGAAAUAUAUCGAUCAAUUAAUCAACUAUGCCUCAAUCCGGAAUAGUUGGGUCAAUCCGUAAUAUGCAUCCUCUAUCUCUAUUCCCUUCUA